AGAGGUGCCCAGGUGCUGGACAGGCCAGCAAGAGGUAGGUUAGACUAGCCCCCUCCCCAGCUAUGGACGAAAAGGGGAGCGGGGAGGCAGAGCCUCGCCCCGCGUUGCUUUAAUCUGCCCCCCAAACAAACCGGCCGCCUCUGAGGGGGCUGGUAGCCGGUAACACCCCCUCCCGCAGCCAUCUGCGGCUGGCUAACAGCUGACUCCAUCCCAGCCCCACGUGGCGUGAUGGAGCAACUCGGCUGGGAGCCGGCCUUGCGGUGCUGCGGGUCCCGCUCCUGGGGGGCUGGUGAUGGGAAGGCCUGUACCCCCCCCUCCUUUCCCAGCCGGGGCGGGCAGCUGCCCUGCAGCUGGCUCUGGGGAGCCUCCCAGGGGCGGCGCGCGAACGUAACAAUGCAGGGAGGCGGCGGCCCGUGCCGGGGGCUCACAAGGGGCCGGGGCUGGCGCCGGGGCGGGGGGUCCUGUCUUUGCUCGCCAUGGCUUGUCUCAGCAGGCGGUGUCUGCAGCGGCAGAAGGGCUUUAUCCUGGACGGGGUGGCCGUGGACACGCUGGCCGGCAGCGCCGCGCACAUCCCGCCCAAGCUGUGGUCCGCCUUGCCCCCGUACAACGCCCAGCUGGACGGCCACGCCGCCAGCUACUUCGCGGCCCCCGCGGUCAAGUCCCUGCUGAAGAACACGGAGCAGCACCGAGGUGGUACAUCCAGGGAUGGUUGGAUAGUGGAUUAUUUCCACAUCUAUGGGCCAGAGCAGAGGUACCUGAACAGGAGGAACUGGGCAGGUGCAGGCCACUCUUCUGAGCAGGUGGGCGGCCACUACAGCUUCCUGGCAGACGUGAAACCCAUGAAGGGCUACAACGGGCGCUUCGGCUAUCGUCGCAACACCCCGGACCUGCGGGUGAAUUCGUCCUGCUUCGGCGAAGUCAGUGUGUUCCCACUCCACUGAUGCCGAACGAGCGGCUUCUCGCAGACCCCCGAUGCCAGCCCCUCCGGGUGCCAUGGAGACCUGGAGACCCUGAUUAGGAGUAAGAAAAGGGAGCUACAAUAAAAUAUUUGUUCUCGCUUGUUCUAUUUUAA